CGCGUUCCCAUACAAAUUCUCUAUCUAUCACCAAAACAAUUUCAAAAUUUCCCAACUUCAAUUCUUCGUUCAUACAUCAUACAACUACUUCGUCAUUGAUGGUUGUUUUGGCAUUCUCUUUACCGUUCCUAAUGCAUGCGACGCUUUCUCGACACUGAGCGCAAUCUAUCCGUUUUUGCGCGUUCGCCUUUUUUUUGCGAUCGUGAUUAGUCUCACCUUUGUAUAAAGGAAGAUACGACUUUUCAUUUUCGCCAUCUGCUAGAUUUAGCAACAACUCAAAUAUACUUCGUCUGCUGUCGAUAAUCAAUAAACAUGUCGUUCGGGGGAGGAUUUGGCGGUGGCUUCGGCCAACAGAAUAAACCUACUGGAUUUGGAGGAGGCUUUGGUAGUACACCUGCGAACAAUACUGGCUCAGGUAGGUCACCUCUUAGCUCUAUAUUCGUAUUUGAUCCCGUGGGUGUCUGGAAAGACUGGGAAGGUUCCGCGAACUCGUCGAACUCAUCGCUUACUCGAAUCGUCUGCUGCAACAGUUUUCGGUUCUGGUGCCGCCAAUAACACUGGCUUCGGUGCAAACAACAAUACUGGUGGUGGUAUGUUUGGAGGCGGCGGAACCUCUUCAGGUUUCGGCGGUAACACUGGUAACAGUACUGGUAUGUGGAUGCUCUGAUGCUCUGGACUCUUUGGAUCGUUCCGCUUAGCUUGAUAGCUCGUCGUACCUUGGAUCGGAUUCUUGUCGCAUUCCCUCUUGCUCUCGAAUCAUCCAUCAUAAAUCAAUGACGAGCCAUCUCAACUACGAAACCGAAUUCCUUUCAAACCACGCGUUUCAACAAUUUCUUUCGUCCCAUUAGCGUCUUGGGUUGCUGGUGCUGUACUGAUAUAUUUCACAGGUUUCGGAGGAUUUGGCGCAAAACCCGCAACUACAGCGUUUGGGAGUCCAGCCGCAACAACAGGUAGUAAUAUGUUUGGAGGUGGUGCUACAACAGGAACAGCUGGUGCAUUUGGUGGUGGAUUCGGAAGCAGUGCUGCACCUACAUCAGGAUUCGGAGCUGCCAACACUGGAGGUGGGUUAUUUGGAAACAAACCUGGUGGCUUCGGUUCUACUACUACCACGAACACGCCUUCAGCUUUUGGAGGAGGCUCUGGAUUUGGCAGCACUGCAGGAACUGGAUUUGGAGCAGCUGCUUCAAGUACCCAAUGCGAAGGCACCCAAGCUGUCCCUUUCACAGCUUUUAUCGAGAAGGAGCCAAAUUCAUCCAUGCAAAAUGCCUACCAAAGCAUAUCCUUCCAGCAACCCUACAAGAACUUUUCUCCGGAGGAGCUUCGAUUGGCCGAUUAUUCCAAGGGUUUGAGAUACAAUCAGAACCAAGGCGGUGCAUUUGGCACGAACACGAAUUUUGGCGGAUUCGGUAGCUCUAACCAAGCUACAACAGGAGGUUUUGGGUCUACGAACAACGCUACAACAGGUUCAACAAUGUUUGGUGGUGGAGCAACAGGUACAGGUUUCGGUCCAACUCAACCAGCCAGCACAGGAUUUGGAUCGAAUACUGCUGCAACCGGCGGUGGACUCUUUGGGGCUGCGAAACCCGCGACUGGGGGGCUAUUCGGUGCUCAGCCGCAAGCGCAAACCGGCGGAGGCUUGUUUGGAUCGACUACCAAUAAUGCAACUACUGGAGGAUUUGGCUCGACGAGUACUGGGUUUGGAUCGAAUACCAAUAACAAUACCGGAGGAGGUCUCUUUGGUAACAACAACGCCACGGCGGCAAAGCCUGCCUUCAGCUUCGGCAAUACACAACCAGCAGCCAACACGGGAGGCUUCGGGUCAACAGUGACUGGAUUUGGAACGACCAAUACCAAUACUGGAGGAGGUCUUUUUGGAAACAAUCAACAGCAGAGCACAACAACUGGAUUUGGUGGCGCCGCUCAGCAACAGCCACCAUCGACCAAUGCUUUUGGAGGCGGCUUUGGGUCCAACAACGCUAACACCGGCGGGGGUCUUUUUGGAAACACGCAACAAAAGCCAGCUACUACUGGCCUUUUUGGCGCGCAACCCGCUGCUUCAAACACUGGACUAUUUGGUUCUCAACCAGCCGCUACAAACAACAGUCCAUUUGGUGGUGCGAAUAACACCAACACAGGAAGCAAUCUGUUUGGUGCUAAACCAGCUACUACCAGCGGUCUUUUUGGCCAGCCCGCGGCUCAAACCAAUACCGGCGCAAGCAGCUUAUUUGGUGGUGGUUUUGGUGCUGCAAAUCAAAACAAUCAACCCCAGCAAAGCACCGGUCUUUUUGGUGCUAGUCUCGGAAAUAAUAGCAACCAGCAGAAACCUGGCGGCUUGUUUGGCCAGCCUCAGCAGCAGCAAGGAACAAGCUUGUUUGGGAACUCUGGUACUCAGCAGCAGUCUAAUUUGUUUGGUUCAUCUGCAAUUGGCCAACAGCAGCAACAACAACAACCUGCUCAGUCCCAGGGUUCCAUCUUUGGAACAGGUUCCAUCUUCACCCAAUCACAACAGGGUGGGACGCCACAAUCAUUCAGCACUAGUCUCACUGAUCCCGGAGCUUAUGGCACGAGAUCUAUGUUUGCUGAGGACAAGUCUCAGGAAAAUCUCAAGAACCCUGGACCUCUCGCAACCCCACUCUCAAGUGCUAACAGACAAAAGAAGACAGCCGCUCUUCCGUUGUACAAGCUAAAUGCAUCUGGUUCUUCACGAUUCAAUACUCCGAGCAAGUCGCUUCGUGGGGGUUUUGGUUUGUCUUAUACACCGGGAAGCGUCUCGACUGCAGGAAGUACUCCUUCGAUGUUUAGCAGCAGCUUACUUAGUGGGAGCCGAGCAUUAAGCAAGAGUAUGUCCACUAAUAGCCUGCGUCGGAGUUUCCACAGCGACGACAGCAUUUUAGCACCUGGUGCAUUUUCAUCAAGCACCAGCACGAAGUAUGGAACCAAUGGAAGUUUCAAGAAACUCAUCAUCAACCGCAACAUUCGUUCAGACCUUUUCAAGAAUCCAGUCACUCCGGAUCAUCCAGUCGAAUCUCCUAACAAGUCCAUAAUCAAGAAGCAGGUAACUUUCGAGGCACCGAAAUCGUCAUCUAACACCAGCACUAAUAGCAGUGCUAAUGGUACCACUGAUUUUGAUGUCAAUGGCACCAGUAAUCCCAAUGGAACUUCACCUGCUGCUCCUUUGCAACCGGUUACCAACAAUUCUGUGAAAACCCCUGAAGUUACUUCACCCGAGAUGACAGAAGUCAAUAAGAACAAGCAACUCACUAUCGUUAAUGAUAAUAGAGCCAAGUCACCUAAAUAUCCUCGCGACCUACCCACUGGCGAAUAUUGGAUGACUCCUACAAGGGAAGAAAUUGAAAAGAUGACUCGCCAAGAACGUCAAAGGGUAUCGGGUUUUACCGUUGGCCGCGAGGGAGUUGGUCAUAUUAACUUUGAUACUACUGUCAAUCUCGAUGGCAUUAAUCUUGAUGAUAUUUUUAAUAAGAUUGUCAUUCUCGAACCUAGACGCGCGGAAGUUUAUCCAGACAAUACAUCUAUUCAAAAACCUCAGGCUGGUCAUGGGCUUAAUGUUCCAUCUACCAUUAGUCUGUUAAAUUCAUGGCCUCGCAAUGCUUCUAAGAGAGGAAUCGACGAUAUACGCUUGAAGAAGCAUGUCAAAAAACUGCAGGCCGUAGAAGAUACCGAGUUCGUGAGUUACGACGCCGGCAAUGGUACUUGGGUAUUCAAAGUUCCGCAUUACACGGUAUAUGGGCUUGAUUAUGACGACGAGGAAGAUGAUGAGGAAGAUGAUGAGGAAGAUGACAUGGAGGUCGAAGAUGAGGGUGAUUUUGGAAAUAGUACUCUCACUGCUCCUCCGGACACGCCAACUCCGCGAACACGUACACCUAAGGCGAAUCCACAAUACUUCAAUCAAUCCUUUGCAUCUGAUAUGGAUUUCACACAGACCGAGUCAGACCCUGAGGAUACGUUUGAAUUUAGAAAGAGAAAGGUCCUUCCAGGCGCAUUCGACGAUGAAGAGGUCUAUUCAGAGGAAGAAGAAGUUGAUAAUUCAUUUGUUCAGAACCAGGAGUCUUUUUUAGAUAAUCGCUCCGUGGGUUCACAGUCAGAAAACGGCGUCGAGGAAGCAAUUGACCAAGACGACGUCUAUGAGGACGAUGAAUCUGUCAGUAUUGUGGACCAAGAGAUGGCGGGCUCUUAUCCAGAAACUGGCAAUACCGCGGAGCGAAUGGAGGACUCGCAAGAUGAAGAUGAUACUGUGGAAUUUGGAACACCUGGUGCAAUUGUGAAGGCUAGGGCAAGAGCACAAAAGCUGGAUACACCAUCCAAGCUCAGAUUUCCGGCGGCAAAUGACUGGGCCGCUACGUUGAGAGCAACUGCCAGUCCAAAAAAGCAGGAUCGUGCUAUUCUAAAAAGCCUCAUUGAUGUCCAUGGAGAUGAGAAGCAGUCUGCCCUGGCACGAACUGAAGUUCCAACAACUAACGAGAACUUUUCAAGGAGGUAUGGUUUUGCAUCGGUCAUGGAUGUUCACAAUGACUUGUUUGGGAAGGUCACAAGUCCUAUCAAGGUUUCGAAUUAUAAGAGAGGUGACAAUUUUGAGGUUGGUCUUCCUUGUUAAACAUUCUUGUGAAAUUGUUAAUGGGGCCGUUCGUUGCGCCCACUCAUGUACCUAAUAAUCACGUAGUACAAUGCUAAGAAGUCAUUUUCACAGAAACCUUUUAACAAGAAAUCCAAAAUUGGUGAUGAUGAAUCGGAAAUGCCCGAAGAGGACCGGGCGUUCCAUGACUCCGUGAAGCCAAGUUGGGGCCCAGACGGAACCUUAGUCUACGCCGCAUCUGCCGGCUCUAAACCUUUUACUAAAUCGCGUCUAGCUCGUGAGAAGGAUGGUCUACUCACGAUUCAAAAGAGUGGCAUUGCCGAGGCUAGUAACGUUAGAUUUGCUAAGUUUUCUAAUGAGUCUUCAGCGGAUGCACUCAAAAAACACCAAUCCUUGACAGUCAUCGGAGACUCUGAGGGUGUUCCAUACGCAACAUUGCCAGAUUCAUUUUCCUUCCUAGACUUCUUCGACGAGCAAAAUGCUCGAGAUCCGUCAGUCGUACAUGAAAAGCUUGUGUGGGAGCUCGCCAGCAUUCUUUUCGAUGCUAUUGAAGUUCCGCAAGAACUAGAUCACAUUGAACAUGCGGUUGAGCGCCUUCGUAAAGACAAAUUGUCUGUAUUUUGGCAAAAGUUGGUUGGGCAAGCAUCAGCCCAGCAUGUUGCAAUGGCUAGAUCGAACGAAGAAAAAGCAAUUGCAUCAUUAUCCGGCCACAACAUUCCAGAGGCUUGUGGACAUCUCAUCGAUGGAAAGAACUUCCAUUUAGCUACGCUUAUUGCAAUGAUUGGUGGCAAGGAAAGUCUGAAGAGAGAUAUUGGCGAGCAACUAUCACAGUGGCAAACCACAAAAGCCCUUUCUGAAUUUAGUCAGCCUAUCCGAGCUCUCUACGAGCUUCUUGCUGGUAAUGUUUGUGUCUGUGAUGGCAACAAAGCACCCCAUAUGGAAGAUCGUAUCGAGUCCUUCAUCAUUUCUAAACGCUUCGGGCUUGAUUGGCGACAAGCAUUUGGUAUGAGACUGUGGUAUGCAAUCAAAGUAAAUGAGGAAUUGGAUAGCGCAGUCAAAAUCUUCGCUAAUGAAAUGGCACAAGACAAGGAGACAUCUCGGCCUCUGGCCUGGUACGUCGAACAGAAGAUUCCGAAGCUAUGGCAAGAUAGCCAGCUUAAUGAACGUGAGGAUCUUCUCUGGGGCCUGUUGAAAUUGUACACCUACGAUGAUGCUGAUCUCGAGGCAAUUCUGCGACCUGAGAAUUCGCAAUUAUCCCCCUUGGAUAUGCGCCUCUCUUGGCAAUUGAGUCGAGCCUUGACUUCGUUUGGUUCCCUAGACUAUCAGGGAGCUGCCGAGGAGAAGAAGGAUCAGACUACCUUGGCUUUCGCUUCUCAGCUCAAUAAUGAAGGCUACUGGCUUGAUGCAAUCUUCGUCCUACUUCACUUGUCUGUGACCAACGCUCGGGCAAAAGCUAUUCAAGACCAUCUUGCUCGACAUGCCGGGAAAAUUGGAUCUGAGGAUAGCCAGAACUUUAUUACCUUGACACAAAACUACAAAAUCCCUACAUCAUGGAUAUGGGAGGCAAAGGCCUUGUACACUCGAAGUGUUAGGAAAGAUCCACUAAGUGAAGUUGAAUGCCUGACCAAAGCCGGACUGUUUGAAGAAGCUCACCGCACUUUUGCAAAGGAAGUUGCACCCAAGGCAAUCAUUGAAUUCGACUACGCUACACUUCGUAAUAUCCUUGCAAGCUUUCAGGGCAAAGAAAAUACUAUUCUAGAAUGGCAUCUUGGUGGUGAGAUCUAUCAGGAUUUCCUCACUUUAGUUGAAUUUCAAAAGAAGAACCAAGAACUCGAUCUUGCUGUAUUGGAAAGAUUGUUGGCUGGAUUACCGGCUGUUGUGGAAGAAUCGCGCCACCCCGCUUUUAUGGAGACAGUGGCAAUCGAAACGAUUAGCGGAGUAGUGGCGAAGGCCGUGGUGGAUAUGGAGAAGAAGGGCGAGGUAAGAGCAUUCUGGCUGGCCGCUCUUUGGACUAGUACUAACCACAUCAAACAGAAUGUGGACUUACCAAAGGUUUUGAGACUACCCCUCACAGAGGAUAGAUACUUGAAGCAUACAAUUGAUUUGAGUUUGGGAUACUACAGGAGUGUAAUGGCGGGUGUGAGAUGAUGAGCCUUGAUACUUUAACACGAAUUUGCAUGGGAAUAUGUGAACGGUAAGGGAUGGAGGAUUGGGGAAAAAGCCUUGGGAAACCAACUGUAGUAGUAUAUCUUGUAAUCAGCAUAGCGAGUAGGUAGCAUCUUUAGAUAGUCACAACAUCAUGCAUGAAAUGGUAUUUGAUGUUCUACAAAGCAAAGGAGU